AUGCCUAUCUUUCGUGGAAUAGAAAUAUCCGUUGUCGCGAGUGCGGGAGCCAAAGACCUGCCCGAGUACCCUCACCCCGAUGGAUCCUCGGUUUGUCUAGUCUCGCCGGGUACCGCGCCUGUUGGCGACUUCCUAGGCCCAAGGCCUUCCGACUCUUCCAUCUUGUCUGAUACAGACCCAACUCGCCAGCACAAGAUAAAUCCUCGGGUGGCUGUAUAUAUCCCAUCAAUGCCUGGCGAGCAAUUCUGGUUGAAAUACAACGUCCUUCGCGUACCGCCUUCUGCAGCUCAUCUCUACUUCAAGAUGUUCACGAACGGCCGCCUGAUCACGUCGUGGGGGAUUCCAACACAUAGCGCGGAUGGUGGCCUUUGUCAGCAGCCGGUCAGUAGCACUGUCGUCAAGGCUCUGUACGAACCAGGCCAGCGCUGGUACAACCAAGGGACCGGAUCUGAAGGCAGAGCGGUUGGCAUCGAGACGAGAUACUUUCACUUCAUGAACGGACUGGACAAGAGAUCUGUUGCAGAGGAUGGAGGUCUGAUCGAAAUUCAGGUUUUCCGUUCCAGUGGCCGAAAGCGGCGUGCCCCAAGGCUGCCCGAAUUCCGUAACCAGGAGCAAUAUGGAAUCGCCUCUCCGAGCGGGGGCUUGGUUGAGAACCCCCAAGACGCGACGUAUUACGAUUGGCUUCUCGUCGACCCGAAGGAUGCCCCUUAUGCUACUUUCCGCUUCCACUACAGAUCGAUGAAUCAUCUCCUGCAACUAAGCCUCGUCCCUCAGUCUGAGUCGAGAUUGGCUCUGCCAAUGAUGGAACCAGAAGCGUCGGUUGACCAGAAUGCUGCUCAAAGUACAGAUAAGAUAUUCGACCCGCAGUCUCCGGCAACUCCUCCCUUUACCCUUGAUGACGAGCCUCCGUACAACGGCAUGGUCAGAGGUGUCAAACGUGGAAAUCCAGAGGCUUCUUCAGGGAAAGCUUCAUCAGGCAGGGUUUCUAUUCGAAGUCCAUUUGAGUUGAUUCCCAUUGUGUUCAGAUCCCAGCGCGCUCCAGAGCUCAGCAAAGCUGCUCGAGCUCCCGCUCCACAAGACUUUCUUGAUCGACCUCUGCCUGAUCCCCCUAAGCCAAGAUCAAGACAUUCUUCACAGUCAUCGCUUCGUUCCAACUGCCCUUCACUUACUCCGUCAAUCGCUGACUACGUGGACGAUGGAAGAUUUGUUGAAGAAGAAGUGAACAUCGGCACGGCCCAUACUGUCAUGUGUUCAACACCUUCAAUGGUGGAACUGCCCCAAAGGAAAGUCGACUCUGGAGAGGGUAAUUCCAUGUCUGAUUAUGAACACUCACCACCCUCCUCGCCUGCCUCGCAGUCGUUGGAGCUUCCUUCGCCCCAAAGGUAUAUGUCGACAACUGGCAGUGUUCUUGAACUCAACAUGGCAGAAUAUAGUUCACCCUUGAUGCAACAAUCGCCACAAUCAACACGGUCGCGUCUUCCUGUUUCUGCAUCCGAGAGCAUGUUGACGAGAAACCGAACCAGGAGGUCUCCAGAGACAUUGAACCUGAGUGAAUCGGAGUGGAUGAGACGCACACCCUCACCUGUACGGCGCAAGUCAUGGAGCCGAAUAUGGAGCCCUCGAUUGGACAGCAAGAAGCCGACGUUACAACUGCAGAGGAGCAGGCGGGAUACCCGACACAGUGAAAUCAGGCAGCUUUGGUCCAGUGAUAAAACCAGCCAAGGUGUUUUGGAAGAAGAGACCAACGGGCCUACUGAAGGUACCGGGGUAAGUCCCAUCGAUACUGAGGAAGAAGCUUCCACUCCUCGAGCAGCCAAUUUCGGAGAGACCAGCUUUUCUGUGUUCAAGUUGAACCCCACCAUGCAAGACUCCGAGAAGCACAAGACCUGGGAAUCUUGCCGGGACCCUCCCCGCCAGGACUAUGAAGUAGUUGAAAGGCCAAUCGGCAACUGGAUCUGA